AUGCUUGGUUUGUGUCUCGGUCUUCUCUUCUGCCCGACUCCGUUUAUAGUCAACUGGGCAAAGUUUCUGCCGCUGCAUGGCUUGAACGACCAUCCGCCAAAGUCACUCUACUUCUCUUUCAUUCUCCUCCUCAUGGCCUGCGUUCACGCGUUGCUGGCCUACGCGGCUGAACGACUGAUUGAGCUCUGCUCUAACCGCCUCAGUGGUCGGGGCUGUGCUGAGCUUUAUGCCAAAUGCUGUCGGCGCGACGGCUACCAGCGGGGUACUGAAACCUCCGCCCAGGACUCCUUCAAUAAAACUGCAAAGAGCUAG